AAGAGGAUCAGUGUAGUGAUAGGGAAGAAAGCACUCCCGGGGAGAGAACAUAGGAUGAAAAAGAUGGUUUCUUUGCUGUGAAGUAGGAUAGGGGGAUUCAGGGUGAGUAGUCCUAGGUAUUUUUCAACGUCUUACAGUCUUCCUUCUCGCUCUGUCUCUGUUUUCUGACAUAGACGUCCGGAGUAGAAUCGAAUGGAGAAAGCGAGCAUAGCCACUUUUCCAUCAAAACCCUUAUGGGUUCUCCCCUAUCGAACCCAACAACUCUCUGAACUUUACACAUUGGGAAGGAAAUUGGGUCAGGGUCAAUUUGGCACCACUUACCUCUGCACAGAAAAGUCCACUGGUCGUGCCUAUGCCUGCAAAACAAUCCCUAAGCGUAAGCUAAUCUGCCAAGAGGAUUACGACGACGUUUGGAGGGAGAUUCAGAUCAUGCACCAUUUGUCCGAAAAUCCCCACGUCGUCAGAAUCCAUGGCACUUACGAGGACUCCUCCUCUGUUCAUUUGGUCAUGGAGCUCUGCGGAGGUGGAGAGUUAUUCGACAGGAUAGUGCAGAAGGGGCAUUACAGUGAGAGGCAAGCAGCUACGUUGAUCAGGACCAUUGUUGAGGUUGUCGAAGCUUGUCAUUCUCUUGGGGUCAUGCAUAGAGACCUCAAACCAGAGAACUUCUUGUUCGAUAGCGUCGAAGAGGAUGCUAAACUUAAAGCCACUGAUUUCGGGAUGUCUGUUUUCUACAAGCCAGGUGAAACCUUUUCUGAUGUUGUUGGGAGCCCAUACUAUGUUGCACCAGAGGUGUUACGCAAGCAUUAUGGACCUGAGUCAGAUGUGUGGAGUGCUGGGGUUAUUUUGAACAUCUUAUUAAGUGGGUUGCCACCUUUUUGGGCUGAAAGUGAAAUAGGGAUCUUCCGACAGAUUUUACUAGGAAAAUUUGAUUUUCAGUCAGAACCAUGGCCUAACAUCUCAGAAAGUGCCAAGGAUCUAAUUAGAAAAAUGCUUGAUCAAAAUCCAAAAAAGAGGCUUACAGCCCAUGAAGUACUCAUGACUUCUGAUAUACAACAUGCAGUACUAAAGUGGUUUGUUGUGUCAGCCCACCCAUGGAUUGUUGAUGACAAUAUCGCACCUGAUAAGCCCCUUGACUCUGCUGUUUUAUCACGUCUGAAACAGUUCUCUGCAAUGAAUAAGCUUAAAAAGAUGGCUUUACGUGUAAUUGCUGAGAGGCUCUCUGAGGAAGAGAUUGGUGGAUUGAAGGAGUUAUUCAAGAUGAUUGACACAGACAACAGUGGAACCAUAACUUUUGAUGAGUUAAAAGAUGGUUUAAAGCGAGUGGGGUCUGAACCUAUGGAGUCCGAGAUCAGGGAUCUUAUGGAUGCAGCUGAUAUUGAUAAUAGUGGAACAAUUGACUAUGGUGAAUUCAUUGCUGCGACUAUCCACUUAAAUAAGCUGGAGAGAGAGGAAAAUCUGUUGUCAGCUUUCUCCUAUUUUGAUAAAGAUGGUAGUGGUUACAUAACCACUGAUGAGAUUCAACAAGCCUGUAAGGAAUUUGGUUUAGGCGAUGUCCAUAUUGAUGAAAUGAUCAAAGAAAUUGAUCAAGACAAUGAUGGAAAAAUAGAUUAUGGGGAAUUUGCUGCAAUGAUGAGGAUGGGCAAUGGAGGAAUUGGAAGGCGAACCAUAAGAAACACACUAGAUUUCAGGGAUGCUCUGGGAUUGAUAGGCACUGGCUCUAAUGACAUCAUGAAUGGUUAGCUUAAGCAAUUACUUGGUAAUUAUAUAUUUUGGAAAGAACACUUGAGGUGUCCAUUUCAACUAUUAGCAAAUUGUGUUAACGAAAAAACUCCACCAUCCUUGUUGAGAUUCAAGUGGGUGUGUAAUUUGCACCGGCCAUGCAUUCAAUUGGUUGGUUCAGCAAAUUGCUCUUGCUAA